UUGGAAUGGUCUUAAGUCAACGGAAAAUAAGUUCACACUCCAGUCUAUCAGCUGCCUGCUUUGAGCAUAACUUGACCAGGAUCUGAGCGCCCCAAAUGCAGAAAUGAUUUGGCAACUAACAUCUUAUUGGACAUCCCUGGUCACAACCCUGAUUUUUGUUCUGCUUCUGCAGCCACCGCUGACCCAGCUUUCCAUCAUCACACAGCCAAACAUUGUCCUGUUGAUGGCUGAUGACCUCGGCAUAGGGGAUGUAGGUUGCUAUGGGAAUGAUACUAUCAGGACCCCGAACAUUGAUCGCCUGGCAAAGGAAGGAGUGAAACUUACCCAACACAUCGCUGCGGCUCCACUUUGCACUCCCAGCAGAGCAGCAUUCCUCACUGGAAGAUAUCCCCUUCGAUCAGGCAUGGACGCUAUAAACAAUUACCGUGUUAUUUUUUGGAAUGGCGGCUCAGGAGGGCUUCCACCAAACGAAACCACUUUUGCCAAAAUACUGCAGCAACAAGGCUACAGCACAGGACUCAUAGGGAAGUGGCAUCAAGGUGUUAACUGUGAAUCCCGAAAUGACCAUUGUCACCACCCUUUAAAACACGGGUUUGACUACUUCUAUGGAAUGCCUUUUACGCUAAUAAGUGACUGCCAACCAACAGAAACGCCAGAGAUGGACAGAGUCUUUAGAAGGAAACUCUGGCUCUACACUCAGAUGAUUUGGCUCGUUACACUCACCGCUGCCCUAGGAAGACUGACUGGCUUGAUUUCAGUCCGCUGGAAAACACUGACCUGCCUUGCUGGCUUUAGUCUCCUGUUCUUCAUAUCCUGGUUCUCAAGUUACGGGUUUGUACGAUACUGGAACUGCAUUAUGAUGAGAAACUAUGAAGUUACUGAGCAGCCAAUGGUGACAGACAGGACUACAUCCCUUAUCUUGAGAGAGUCCAUUUCAUUCAUUGAAAGAAAUAAGCACAUGCCAUUCCUCCUCUUUCUUUCCUUUUUACACUCCCACACCCCUCUCCUCACCACAGAGAAGUUUCAUGGGAAGAGCAGUCAUGGUUUAUAUGGAGACAAUGUAGAGGAGAUGGACUGGAUGGUGGGCCAGGUUCUAGAUGCUAUUGACAAGGAAGGCUUGGAAAAUAAUACACUAGUUUACUUUGCCUCUGAUCAUGGUGGAUGGCUGGAAAGACAAGAAGGCAAAAGGCAGCUGGGUGGCUGGAAUGGAAUAUACAGAGGUGGAAAAGCUAUGGGAGGCUGGGAAGGAGGAAUCCGUGUCCCAGGGAUAUUUAGAUGGCCAGGAGUGUUACCUGCAGGCACAGUUAUCAAUGAACCUACAAGCCUGAUGGACAUUUAUCCUACAGUAGUUCAUCUGGCUGGAGGGGUACUACCCCAGGACAGGGUAAUUGACGGCCGGGAUCUGAUGCCUUUACUGCGAGGGACAGUUGAGCACUCAGAGCAUGAGUUCCUGUUUCAUUACUGUGGCAUUCACUUACACGCUGUGCGGUGGCACCAGAAGGACAGUGGAGCCGUCUGGAAGGCUCAUUAUGUGACCCCAGACUUCCAUCCACCUGGGGCUGGAGCUUGUUAUGAUAGAGGAUUUUGCCCGUGUUUUGGGGAAGGUGUGACCCAUCACGACCCUCCGUUGCUGUUCGAUCUCUCGCGAGACCCUUCUGAAGCCGAACCGCUGGCGGCUGACACCGAGCCCCGCUUUGACACUGUAGUAAGGACGAUUGCAAGAGCUGUAGAGCACCGCAGGACACUGACUCCAGUCCCAGAACAGCUCUCCUUGUACAAUGUGGUGUGGAAGCCGUGGCUGCAGCCGUGCUGUGGGACGUUCCCGUUCUGUUGGUGUGAUAAGGAAGGUGAUAUUAAACUUGCCGACCUAUAAAGGAAAGAACCAAAGUUGCUU